AUGUCGGUGUCGUGCGGGCUGGAGUGCGUGCUGUGCGUGGGGUGCGUGCGCUGGGCGUGGAAGCGCCUCACCUACAUCGGCGCCUACGACAGCGAGACCUGGCCGCCCGCCUCGCCCGACGACUUCGAGCCCGUCCCGCGCAUCUGCCAGAUCAUCAUGGCCAUCUCCGACGACCUCGACAACCCCAAGCUCAUGCCGGCCACCCGCGGCUACACCCAGAUCGACGGCGCCGGCGUCCACAAGCGCACCACCUACGACGAGGUCGGCACCGCCUGCCCGCCCUACAUCGUCUACGUCGACCGCCGCCGCAACGAGGUCGUCCUCGCCGUCCGCGGCCUCAACCUCGUCCGCAACGCCGACUACAAGGUCGUCCUGAUGGACAACAAGCUCGGGAUGCAGAUGUUCGACGGCGGCUACGUGCACCACGGGCUGCUCAAGGCGGCCCAGUUCAUACUGGAGAGGGAGACGGAGACGCUGCGGGAGCUGCUGCGCCAGCAGGGGCCCGAUUGCAAGCUCAUCUUCGCGGGCCACUCGCUCGGCUCCGGCAUCGCCGCGCUCAUGACGGUGCUGGUGGUCAACAACCGCAAGGCGUUCGGCAAUAUACCCAGGAGCCACAUACGGUGCUACGCGCUCGCACCGGCCCGGUGCAUGUCGCUCAACCUCGCCGUCAAGUACGCCGACGUGAUCUACUCUAUCGUGCUGCAGGAUGAUUUUUUGCCAAGAACACCAACACCAUUGGAAUAUAUUUUCGGCUCUAUAUUCUGCUUGCCCUGCUUGUUAUUCCUGUUUUGCUUGAGAGAUACAUUUAAACAAGACAAGAAGAAGUUUAAAGAUCCAAGAAGAUUGUAUGCUCCUGGUCGGAUGUAUCAUAUCGUCGAGAGGAAAUUUUGCAGCUGCGCAAGAUACCCACCUGAGGUGAGAACUGCUAUUCCAGUGGAAGGAAGGUUUGAGCAUAUUGUGUUAUCAUGCAGUACCACUGCUGAUCAUGGCAUUAUUUGGAUUGAGCGAGAAUCCGCCUUGGCUUUAGAGCUAAUGAAGGAAAAUGAGAAGGCAACAACUCCUCCUGCUGAACAAAAGAUGGAGAGAUUGCAAAGUUUCAAGGAAGAACACAAGAAUGCGCUCCAUAGAGCGAAAACCUUGGAUGUUCCUCACGCGAUAGACAUCUCUGAAGAGGAAACCCAUGAGGGCGCUUGCCCUGCGCCAUCCUCUGACACUCACAGCGAGACGACUUCAUCAGAACCGAAAUCUGCAGGAAGGACCAGUUGGGAUGAGCUGGUUGACAAGCUUUUCACCAGGGAUGAAGAUGGGAAGUUUAUUGUGAACAGGGACAUGGUGGCGAGGGACGUUGUUAUCGAGUAG